AUGGCAUUGCAAGGCGUAGAGCAGACGAUCCUCCGGGAUCCGGCUCUAUUCUACUGGAUCUUGAUCCCCAUCUCCAUUGUCAUGAUCUUGACUGGGAUGCUCCGUCACUAUGCCACAGUCCUGAUGAACUCGCCCCCGAAGCCUCCCGCGACCCUAGCAGAAUCCCGGGAGCGUCUCUCCCUCUUCCGAGGCGUCAACCUGCGUAACCAUGCACCCGCCGUGCUCUCGAAAGAGGCCUUUGAGAUGCGAAAGAACUAUCUCGUUACGGGCUAUCAGAAUGGCGCUUUCCUAAAGGAUCCCAACAGUCGCGGCCAACCCCCCGCGAACCCGAUGUCGGAUCCUGCGGCCAUGGAGGGCAUGAUGGGCAUGAUGAAGGGAAACAUGAUGAUGAUGAUUCCGCAGACUUUAAUAAUGAGCUGGAUUAAUGCCUUCUUCUCAGGCUUCGUCAUUUUGAAACUCCCUUUCCCUCUUACCAUUCGCUUCAAGUCGAUGCUGCAGUCUGGUGUCAUGACUCGUGACUUAGAUGUGCGAUGGGUGUCUAGUUUGUCAUGGUAUUUCCUUAACUUGAUGGGACUGCAGUCUGUUUUCGGAUUCAUUCUUGGCAGUGAUAACGCUGCCAACCAUAUGGCCCAGCAGAUGGGCCCUCCUGCUGGAGUGAACCCGUUUCAGCCUGGCCAAGAUCCGCACAAGAUGUAUCUGAAUGAAGCGGAGAACCUGGAGGUGUUUGAGCAUUUCUCCAUCCUCGACGGCAUUGAGGAGAGAGUUCUGCGCAAGUAUGGUGCUGCUCAAUAG